UAGCCUUAAAGGAUUGUUAACAGAUUCCCCUACUUUUAAUAAUCCACAAGUGAGAGAAUUGUGGUCUUUAAUCCUUUACCUCCCAGGAGGACCUGACCCAAAAAUAAAAACACCUAUAACCCAUCCUAAAUCAUAUAUUUCCUGUCCCAGCUCCCCCCCAGAAAAUUCUGAAACAGAUAACGAUUGGUUAGUUAUAAAUAGGAAGAUAAGCUUUCCCGUAUGGAGAAAAUGUAUGUAUUCCUCUCAAAUUGAAAGACCUGUACCAAUGUUAAACCUUUCUCUAUAUGAUUGGAGUUCCCUCAACCCCUGUACUGAUUAUAGAGCAUAUUUGCAUGCCUCAAAUGUUCACUACAAAUAGAAUGAUGUUUAUCUACCUUUGCCCCUAACUGUAAAUCGAUGGCAUAUUAAUGCUUGGGUUCCUCCCAUUUUGAUCACAUCCCUAAAUGGUAAAGGUUUCUUACAGUCAGAACUGUGGCAAGCUAUUGCAGGUGUUAGUCCAGUCGGUCUACAUAGACCUUCUAGUAUGACUAGUUAUCAAAUACAAGCCUGUUUAUAUACACUUUAUGCCUUUCUUUUAACUCAAAAUUAUAUCUCUGAAUAUUAUAAAAACAUGUUGAUAAAUUUGUGAUUGUGCUCAUUGAACUCUUUCUAAUUGAAUUUUUGCUAAAAAUAAUGUUAAGAUCAUUUUGAUAGUUCGCCAUUCUCCUUAUUUAAUGGUUCCGGUAACUUUAAAUUCCUCAUGGUUUGAUGGUUAUGGCCCACAAGCCCUGAGAGAUCCUAGCGCCCUUCUGCUCCGCAGUUGGCGGUUUGUGGUUUCUCUAAUUCUCGGAAUUACUACCCUCAUAACUUUGGCUACUUACCUUUCACUUUUGGCAGUAGCACUCACCCAGGGACACACACCGCCACAUUUACCGAUCAGCUUUCCAAGGAUAUAUCCUUAGCUUUAGCAACACAAGAAAUUAUUGAUCAAAAGUUAGAAUCCAAAGUUAAUGCUUUAGAAGAAGCUAUUUUAACUAUUGGUCGUGAACUAAUGACACUAAAGUUUCGCUUAGCACUUCCUUGCUAUGCAGAUUAUCAUUGGAUAUGUGUUACUCCUCUUCAAGUCAAUGAAUCUGUUCAUUCUUGGGAAAAGGUAAGAAAUCAUGUUAUGGGUAUAUGGAAUCAUACUGAAUUAAGUUUUGAUUUUUCUAAACUUCACCAAGAGAUUCACUAUAUAAGUCAGGCCAAAAGAGGUUUUUCCAUUUCUCAUAUUUCUCAAGGAUUCUUUAAUAAUAUUGCCUCCUAUGUUUCAAAACAAAGUAUUUCCUCCCUGUUAAUUAUGUAGCUAUUAGUGGUGGACUCAUCCUUCUUCUCCUUUUCCUUCCAGUUCUUCAAGCUCUUAAAGAACAGCAUCCAAAAAGUUGCAGCUGAGCUUCAUACCUUCAAAUUAAAAAAUCAAAAAGGGGGAGAUGCCGGGAGUCAACCCACUCGGCCUGCCUGAUGGCACAGCCCAGGAGGCUGAUGGAUGGAUGCCGCACAGCAGGCCUCCAAAGGGAAGGCUACUGAUAUCUCUUUUACUGCUUAAUUUCACUAUUCCCCUAGAUUCGAACAGCCCUCAUGAAUCAGAAAAAGCCCCUAGAGAAAGGACUGUUAGGAGCUGUAGAGCAAUCAUAAAACUCAGCUUGUGACCCUGCACAUUCCCCUCAGGCCAGUGGGUUAUUAUCCCUGGGCUGGGAAAUAGAAGAAAGUUCAGGUGGCUUCACGGUACAACUCCCUGGCCAGCUUGGCCCCCAGGAGAAACGAGAUGACCAACAUGGGGUGUGGGUCGGGAAAGCAGGUGGAAAAAUCUUGGUAGAGUCCCCUUAUGAAUCAUUACUAUAGAAAUUACAGUAAGUAUUGUUAGACUCAAAAUGAACAGAAUGAGUGCAGCUCAUUCUUCUGUAAAUGGUUUCAGGGAACUAUGGAAAAAACAUGCCCCACAGCGAGCCUAGGAGUGUGUCCGGUUAAGCAAGUUUUAAGACACAUUCAGAAGACAUUGUGUUGCCUUGUAGAAAUUCAACCUGAGAUUAGAAUCUAAAAGUAUGAGAACAACAGAAAAAUCUUGAGGAAGAAAAAAUGAUGACCUUUCAUGGUUGGGAAUGCAGGGGAACAUUCCGAGAAAUAGAUUAUGCCAUAAAUCACCUAAUGACACAUGCUUAAUGAUGAUUUUAUGUAACCAAUCCCCUAUAUAUUGCUUGAAGUUGCUGUCAAUAAACAAGCCAGCUUCGCAUCUUUGCUAGUGUCUGUGUCCUCAUUCAUUCGCCGACGCCGUUUCUCCUUCGGGGACCGCUGGACUCGCUGGAGCUGGACGCCCGGAGACAUUGGCCGGUGGCCUCCAGCCCAGCGAGGCCGGGACGCCAGCGAGGGGCAGGGGGCCGCGGGCGGCAGGCAGGCGCGGCAGGCACGGCGAGUCAGGGGCGCCAGGCCGAGCCCCCAGCUGCGGAGGCGCUUCCGGGCACCGCCGCGCGCCCUGCGGGGAGAUGGGCCGCUACUCGGGCAGGACGUGCCGACUGCUCUUCGUACUCGUGCUCACCGCCGUCUUCUUCGUGGCCGAGCUGGUCUCGGGCCACCUGGGCAACUCCAUCGCGCUGCUCUCCGACUCCUUCAACAUGCUGUCCGACCUGAUCUCGCUGUGCGUGGGGCUGGGCUCCGGCUACAUCGCGCGCCGCCCCGCGCGGGGCUCCCGGGCCACGUACGGCUACGGCCGCGCCGAGGUGGUGGGCGCGCUGAGCAACGCCGUCUUCCGCACCGCGCUGUGCUUCACCAUCGCCGUGGACGCCGUGCUGCGCCUGGCCCGGCCCGAGCGCAUGGACGACCCCCAGCUGGUGCUCAUCGUCGGCGCCCUGGGGCUGGCCGUCAACGUGGUGGGGCUGCUCGUCUUCCAGGAUUGCGCCGCCUGCCUCGCAGGCUGCGGGGGCCGCCGGCCGCAGCAGCCGCCAGCAGAGCGCUGGACCCGUGCCGCCUCCGCGACGGCCCCCGGGGCCUCGGCUUCCGCGGCGGAAGAGCCGGCGACCGUGUCCUCAAACGCAGCAGGUGAUUCCCUGAACACCCAGAAUGAGCCAGAGGAGACUGUGAAAAAGGAGAAGAAGUCCGAAGCCCUGAAUAUCAGAGGUGUACUUCUGAAUGUGAUGGGAGAUGCCCUGGGGUCGGUAGUUGUGCUGAUAGCAGCCACCAUGUUCUGUGUGCUUCCUCUGAAGCCCGAGGAUGCAUGUAACUGGCAGUGCUACAUCGACCCCAGCCUGACUGUCGCCAUGGUCAUCAUCAUUUUGUCAUCGGCCUUCCCACUCAUCAAGGAGACCACUGCCAUUCUGCUGCAGAUGGUCCCCAAAGGAGUCAACGUGGAAGAGCUGAUGAGUAAACUCUCUGCCGUGCCUGGAAUUAGCAGUGUACAUGAGGUGCACAUCUGGGAGCUUAUAAAUGGGAAGAUCAUUGCCACCCUGCAUAUCAAGUAUCAGAAGGACAGAGAAUAUCAGGAUGCCAGUGUAAAAAUUCGAGAAAUCUUCCACCAGGCGGGAAUCCACAAUGUGACCAUCCAGUUUGAGCAUGUGGACUUGAAGGAGCCCCUGGAAGAGAAGGACCUGCUGCUGCUCUGCAGCGCACCCUGCAUCUCCAGAGCCUGCGAGAAGCAGCUGUGCUGUCCCCCCAGGGCGCUGCCUCUGGCCCACGUCAAUGGCUGUGCUGAGCACAAUGGCUGCCCCCCUCUGGACCCAUACCAGAGAGAAAGCACAGACGUGGCUAUCGAAGUAUCUCUGGAAGGCUGUCUGAGUGACCACGGACAAGCUGUCAGCAAAACUCAGGAGGACCAAGGUCUUGCCAGCAGUACACAUUUUUAACCUGGCGCCCCCUUAAACAGACUGCAUCGAUGAGGCCCGCUGGAAGCACCAGCCUGGCUUGUGGAGGGAGCCGUGUGGGCGGUAGGCCCUGCCCAAGCCUGCCGUGCGCGCUGUCCGCGUUCAGCGCGGGUGGGUUGGCUGGGAUGUUAGUUGAACAUGUCUGUUAAUUUUUA